AUGCAGGAGCUCUCUCUGGCCCCGCGGUUGACGCUUAUGUCUAGAGAUGCUGAACUGAGCUGGGAUGUUCUGAAGAACCUCUUCAAAGACGAGCCAUACUUGAACGCGUUCCACAUGGGCAUAUUCGUCUCCAUCAAGCUGAUUGAGUACCAACGUCGGCUCAUGUCACAAGGCAAAGGCAAGGGGUCCAAGCUCAUGGAUGUGCUGGUCGACUAUAAGACGUCAGUGCCAGAAUUGUAUCAACAGGCCACAGUCGCCCUGAUCAACCUUGCCGGACACUUGGAUAUUCUUUGCCAAGAACGCCCAGAAGGGCCCACGGCACUGCGGUGCGUUGAUCGGAAAGAGGAACAGCGGCAUAAGCUGCUAUCUUGGGUGGCUGAGUACGAUGGCAAGCGUCGGCAAUGCGUACCGAUGCUCUUUGCCCCGCGCGACAUGUUCAACGCUGGAAUCAAGAACUGUGAGACCCCAUGCCGACUUAUCGACCCCAAAAAAGAUAUCCUCGUCACGAAGGGCACCUUUCUUGGAACAGUCGUGCCUGUUCUCCAGGAAGACAAAAGCCUUGGGGCUUUCGAUGCCAUGAACCUGUACCCUGGCAGGGAAGCCCUUGAGCGACCCCAAGGACAUCUGUAUGCCCCGAAGCUCGGCGGUAAAGAGACAACAACAACAGGUGAGACUGCCAUCCGCGCAUUCUGGCGAACGAUGAUUGAGCGGCUGGAUGUUGAGACCCAAGAGGAGUUGAAGGAUGGUAGGAGCUCGCUCCAGACAUACCGUCUGCACUUUGGCAACAGAUACUCGAGAUCUGCAUUUAGUUAUCAGCCCGCCGAUGACGAAGACCUCGCCAAACUUGACAUCGAGGGUCAAAUCUCACACCAUUACAGCUCUAGUGGCUUCAUGUUCGCGGUCACGGAUAAUGGGCUCUUCCUAGCAACGCGAUUUGCUGCGAAGGAGGGUGAUAUCGUGGCUGUCCUCGAUGGUGGAAAGGUACCCUUGGCGUUACGCAAGGUUGAAUCUAGAGAUGGCGUGAAGGGGGACUUGUAUAUGGUCGUUGGCUCGACCUACGUGCACGGCUUCAUGGAUGGUGAGGCAGAGGUUGGUGUGACCGAAAGUUGGUUGGAGAAGCGGGAGAUUCUGAUCGCGUAA